GCUUGGGGAAAAAUACUUUUUUACUCUGUCAAGCCAAUGUCAAAUUAUUUAUUACUUGCACUAUAGUACAGUACAGCAGUUCAUCGAUUUCUUUCAGAUUUCAUUAGAUUCACGCUAUUUCAUUAUAAAACAAAGUAAAUACUAUCAAUUAAUAUAUACAUAAUGAACAGCAUUGGAGAAGAGUGCACUGAGCUUAAGAAGAAAUAUGACGAUUGUUUUAAUUCUUGGUUUUCGGACAGAUUUCUGAAGGGCGACCACGAUGAUUCGAUGUGCGCCGGAAUAUUCAAGAUUUAUCAAGAAUGUGUUAAGAACGCUAUGAAGGCGCAUAACAUUGAUUUUAAAGAAAUUGAUAAAGAUGUUCUGGGCACAGAGUUCGAGUUCAAAGCACCGCCACCAGGCAGCAGUUGACAGAUGUAUCGUUGCAUCUGUGCUUUGAGUUCCAUGACGUGUUGGAAACCACAAAAGCCGCAACAACAGUUGGAGUACAAAGUGAAUAACAAUACCUCACUAGGUUGAGAACAAUGUUUUGUUGUUCCUGGUCGUAAAGUUUAACUACACUAGUUACACUAAUAUAAAAGAGACAUGUAUGUAAAAUGAAAAUCCAUAUUUAGUUCUUAUUUAAGUGGCAGGAAAGUUAUUGAUGUGCUUACACCUUUUUUAAUACUGUUAAAAAUGCUUAUGAAAUGCAUUUCGUGGCAUAUCCUGUUUAAGCACAUAAUUGUUAGAAUGUAUGUUUAUGUAAAUAGACAUUAGAUAUUACAAAUUUUAUUUAAUAAAUGGAUUUAUUUUUAAAAUGAGAGUUUA